AUGAGAUCAAAAUAAACAUAGACACCUGAAUAAAUAAUUCAUAUUCUCAGAUCUUUUAAGAGUUACAUAGGGAAAACGAAUUCUAUGAGUCCAUAGACAAGAUGCUCCACUUGUGUUUAGACUGUAAAAAAGGAAACAAAAUAAAAUUCUGAAUUUUUACUGAAAUGUCCUAUAUUGAAUAUAAAUGAAUAGGAAUUAGGGAAAGAAGGAGUUGAGAAAAAGAUUGAACUUUUAUCUGAUCAAAUUAAAAACAUGUAAAUGAAGUAAGAAGAAUUGGAGAACUAACAUUUUAGAUUAAGUAAAAAUGUGAAGAAAUUGAAUCUUGAACAAAAACUUGAAUAACAAGUAAUAAUUAGAAAAUAUUAAUUAAGGAGAGAAAUCAAAUGAUUAAGAAAUUAGAUUACAUGAUUGAAAUUUAGACAAAGUAGGAAGAUAAUUUAAAUUAAAUAAAGUAACUAAUUGCCUCUCGAAAAAUUAUUUGA